GAUGUUGAUUCAUUCUCUUAACUCAUCCGGGAGAUAACGUCUUCCCAAGCGGCAAUGGGGAUCCCGCAUUCUCAGUGCAGCGCCCGCCGUCAUGAGCAACAUCAUGCAUUCGCCGAGAUUGGAGCGUACUGUAGGUGCUCAAGGCAUGUCCCCAUCAAUUGUUGAGAAACGUUUGAUAUCGUUCAGGGCGUGAUUGUUCUCCGCGGGACGCUGCGUCACCGAACUCUCUUCAUACCCACAGAUAUCUGCAUACCAUGAUGCCUCCAUGGAAUAUGAGAGCAGACAAACUUCACAGUCCCACCGUCCUGUAGCCCAGACACUACACUUACUUGAGAUUUCCCAACAAAGAUCUUCUUUCCUUUCGAAGCCUCCAGCAACAUCCAAGCUCGGACAAUCGUGAAGCUACGAUCUAUUCAUGAUGGCUACAAGCACCGAACUCUCAGAAGAAGCAAGUCACGAGAAAGCGAGCAGUCCACCGAACGACAAUGCCCUCCAUCAAUCCGAUGCUGAAGUUGGCGAGCCCAAAACCACCCACGAGCACGUCGCUCCAGACGGCGGUUACGGAUGGGUGUGCGUUGCUUGCAUGCUGUUCAUCACAGCGAAUACAUGGGGCGUCAACGGCGCCUUCGGUGUCUAUCUAGCCCACUAUCUCCAAACUCAGGAAUACCCAGGCACCAGGGAGAUCACUUAUGCUUUCAUCGGCGGCGUCUCCAUCUCCCAGAUCACUUUCGUCGCACCUUUAGUCACAUACUUCAGCGGACGAUACGGUACGCGGCCAACCCUCGCAGUAGGUAUAGUGCUUGAAACUGCGGGAUUGAUCGGUGCAAGUUUCGCCACGAAAGUCUGGCACCUGUUCCUUGCUCAAGGUUUGUCCUUCGCUUGGGGUUCCAGCUUUCUCUACGUCGGGGCCAUUCCCAUCGUCCCGCAAUGGUUCGACAAAAGACGUUCAUUCGCCGCCGCCAUCGCAGCUGCUGGAAGCGGUAUUGGCGGUAUGUGCUACAGCUUGGGCGUUCAGGCCAUGAUCGAGGACAUUGACCAAGCGUGGGCGUUCCGUAUCAUUGCCAUGAUUACCUUCGUCAUGAAUGCGGGCUGUACGCUGCUGAUGCGCGAUCGGAACAAACAAAUCGACCCGAACCAGAAGGCUUUUGACCUGUCACUUUUCAAGCACUACGAGUUCAUCCUUGUUGUGUGCUGGGCACUGUUCAGCACCAUGGGGUACACUCUCGUUUUCUUCUCGUUACCGGACAACGCUCUCAAGAUCGGCUUGACCUUCAAGCAGGGUGCCAUUGCUGGCGCCCUGGCAAAUCUAGGAAUGGCCAUUGGGCGGCCAACUGUCGGGUUACUCAGUGACCGCAUCGGACGAAUCAAUAUGGUCGGCAUCGCGACGUUGUUAUGUUCAAUAUACUCUUUGUGUAUCUGGACAUCUGCACAUAGUUAUGCUACGCUUAUUGUGUUCGCCUUGCUCGGUGGAUCGGUUUGUGGCACAUACUACGCUACGGUUGCUCCGGUACUUGUUGAAGUCCUUGGGAUCAAGCACUUGCCGGCUGCCUUGUCAAUCGUAUGGACUAUCAUCGUCUUUCCGACUAUGUUUGCCGAACCAAUUGCGCUGGAACUCCGACAAGGUGGCUAUGAAGCCUACCUUCCUGUCCAACUCUUCACCGGCUUCAUGUGGCUCGGUGGGGCUAUUUGUUGUCUUCUGUUGCGAGCUUGGGUCGUGGUCAGACUUGAAGAGGGGCCCUUGGGCAAGGACUCCGACAUUAAAGUGACCCAGAUGACUUUCAGGGAAUCGUGCUUGAAGCAAGCGCGGGCCGCCGUAAAAAUUGCCAAGGUCUAAGCGCCCCUAGCAUUCUCCUAUAUGCAUUGGGAAAGCCUCGAAUACGAUAGACGGAGCGAAACAAGUGGAGCGCGACCCUUCAGCACCAAUACCACGCCAAUCCUGUUUUGGUUGCGGGCUCUUCAACUGGUGAAUUGAUUUUACUCGAGGU